AUCCUUGCCCACUUCUUUCUCCCAUGCACUCUUCUCCUUUCCUUCCCCCCCUUAUCUUUAAUUUCAUUUUAUUUCACUAUUUUUCAUUUUAAAUAUUAAACACAAAUAACCACUUUUUUUAAGUAUAAAUACUACUAGCUAGUAUUCCUCUCCAUACCCAUAAUCUCAUUUUCUUCUCACAAACCAUAACCAACCAACGCCAUUUCUUCUUUCAUUAUUAAAAUUCAAAGCAUUUUUUUACUACACAUAGUCACACAUUUACUAUUUGCACCUCCUUUAAUUUUUAACAAUGUCUAGCAGAAGAUCUCGUUCUAGACAAUCUGGUGCUUCCUCUGAGAUCACUGAUGCUCAAAUCACCGAUCUCGUCGCUAAAUUACUACGACUUAUCCCUGAGCUUCGCCCUAGCCGCUCCGGCAAGGUUUCAGCAGCUAAGGUAUUGCAAGAGACUUGCAACUACAUAAAAAACUUGCAUAGAGAAGUUGAUGAUUUAAGUGACCGAUUAUCUCAACUUUUGGCUACAACAGAUUCCAACAGUGCUCAAGCAGCUAUAAUUAGGAGCUUACUUAUGAAAUAAUGUCUAGUUAUAUAUAUAACUACUACUACUACUCUGCAUUUAUUUGUCGUGUGCAUGUCUCUGUCUCACUUUAUGGUUAUUCUCUUAUCUGUGUAGGGUUUGGUUUGUAGACCAAGGCAAAAGGGUUAUACCUUUGUUAGUCCUUGAUUAAUUACUUUAAUUCUAUGUGACACUUUGUAGUCAUUAUGAUUAUGAUAUGAUCAUCAUCAGCUUUUAUAGCUAUAAAUAAAGUGGACUACAUUUUAAUAA